GUAGCUACCUCUCAGAUGCACCCUACUCACACCAGGAAAACUUUCCCCUGUUUUGAUGAGCCUGCGAGGAAAGCCGUCUUCCACAUCACACUCCUCCAUCCCCGUGGGACUGUGGCUCUGUCAAACGGCAAGGAGCAAGUUAACACCACUGUAUACACAGAGGCUGUCACACAGACCAGAUUUGAGCCAACCAAGAGCAUGUCAACCUACCUACUGGCCCUGAUUGUCUGUGACUAUUCAUUUAUCAGCGCUCAGGAGGGAGAUAUUCUGAUUCGGAUCUGGGCUCGUAGAAAAGCCAUCAGUGAAGGACAUGGAGAAUAUGCGCUCAAUCUAACAGGACCAAUCCUGUCCUUUUUUGAGGUUUAUUACAAUACCACCUACCCUCUCUCCAAAUCAGACCAGAUUGCCUUUCCUGACUUCUAUUUUGGGGCCAUGGAGAAUUGGGGACUAGUUACCUACAGGGAAACAAAUCUGCUUUACGAUCCUUUAACAUCCUCCAAUGGAAACAAGGAGAGAACAGCCACCAUCAUUGCACAUGAACUUGCACACAUGUGGUUUGGAAAUCUAGUGACCCUGAGAUGGUGGAAUGAAGUCUGGCUGAAUGAGGGCUUUGCAUCCUACGUGUCAUAUCUUGGGGCUGAUUACGCUGAAUCCACUUGGAACGUGAAAGAUCUCAUAGUUCUUGAUGAUGUGCACAGGGUGUUUGCAGUGGAUGCCCUGGCUUCCUCUCACCCCCUGUCCUCCAAAGACGAUGACAUCCAGAAGCCUGAGCAAAUCAGUGAACAGUUUGAUGUCAUCUCUUACAGCAAGGGGGCAUCAGUGUUGAGAAUGCUGUCAGAUUUUCUAACUGAACCAGUCUUCGUCCAAGGACUAAGUAGCUACCUGAAUCACUUUGCCUACAACAACACAGUGGGGACAGACCUUUGGGAUCAUCUACAACGAGCAGUAGAUGCCAGUGACAUGGAACUUCCUGGUACAGUGCAUGACAUCAUGAACCGCUGGGUCCUUCAGAUGGGCUUUCCAGUGGUCACCAUAAACACAGCCACUGGACUGAUCACCCAGCAGCACUUCUUACUGGACCCUGAUUCCGUGGGGAGUGUACCACCAUCUGACUUCAAGUACGAGUGGAUAGUACCAAUCAAAUGGAUGGAAGCAGGAGUGCUUCAGAAAGAGAUAUGGCUGCUUGAGAAAGAGGCACUAAACAAUAAAUUGAAAAGUAGUCACUGGGUACUAGCAAACAUCAAUGUGACUGGAUACUACAGGGUUAACUAUGACCGUGGCAACUGGCAACGUCUCAUCUUCCAACUGAGCACCAAUCACCAGGUCAUACCAGUUAUCAACAGGGCACAACUUGUGGAUGAUGCUUUUAAUCUAGCAAGGGCAAAGUUCAUUACCACAACAUUAGCUCUGAAAACGACAAAAUACCUCUCCAAAGAAAUUGAAUAUAUACCGUGGGAGUCGGCUCUGAACAACUUGGAUUAUUUUUACCUCAUGUUUGAUCGCACUGAGGUCUAUGGGACUAUGCAGCAUUAUGUGAGGAAUCUAGUGACACCCCUUUUUCAACACUUCAAGACUAUUACUGCAGACUGGAGUAAAGUUCCUGAUGGGCAUAAUGAGCAGUACAACCAGGUGAAUGCCAUUAGGAUUGCCUGUAGCAGUGGACUGGUUGAGUGUCAGAAUCUGACUAAAAGCUGGUUCAGUCAAUGGAUGGCUGACCCUGACAACAAUCUGAUACAUCCUAAUUUGAGGAUGACAGUGUACUGCAGUGCCAUUGCAGCAGGCGGGGCUGCAGAGUGGGAUUUUGGUUGGAACAUGUUCAAGACUGCCACUAUUGCCAGCAAUGCAGACAAACUGAUGUCAUCUCUGGCAUGUACUAAGGACCAUGAACUUCUGAAUAAGUACCUGAGAUACACUUUGGAUUCAGACAAAAUCCGUAAGCAGGAUGCAACGUCUGUCAUCGUGUACAUCUCCAGUAAUGUUGAAGGCCAAACAUUGGCUUGGGACUUUGUGACACAGAACUGGGAGUACAUGUUCACACAGUAUGGUGUUGGAUCCUUCUCAUUUGCCAAUCUUAUAAGUGGUGUGACAAUGAGAUUCUCAACGAAAGCUGAACUUGAGCAGCUCCAGAAAUUCAAGGAGGACAACUCUAAGAUUGGUUUUGGCUCAGGGACCUUGGCUUUGGAGCAGGCCAUUGAGAGAACUACAGCCAAUAUCAAAUGGGUGGAUGAGAACAAGAAGAAAGUGUGGGACUGGUUUUUGAGUGAGAUUGCCUAAAAACUCCUCAAUGCUUUGGUUGUCCAACAGACUUAAAUAUGUUAUUUUACUAUGGCAGACAAAGU